UACUCUUCUUCCUCAUUUGAACCGUGAAAAUGGUUACAGAGCUAGUGAUCAAAUGGCUGGUUCUGUUUCUAACAAGCUCUGUCUUCUUUAGCGUUGCCCUCUCUUCAAAAACCCAAACUUACAUAAUCCAAAUGGACAAAUCCGCCAAGCCUGAGUCUUUCACCACCCACCAAGAUUGGUACUCAUCCAAAGUCAGCUCAGUACUCACCAAACCAGAACAUCAAGACGAUCAAACCCAAACCCAAGACAGAAUCAUCUACACUUACCAAACAGCCUUCCACGGUGUUGCAGCUCAACUGACCAAACAAGAAGCUGAACUACUAGAGCAACAAGAUGGAGUCUUGGCUAUCUUCCCAGAACAAAAGUACGAGCUUCACACCACCAGAAGUCCUCUGUUUCUGGGACUCGAGUCACACGACAGCACAACCGCCAAUGUCUGGUCCCAACGAGUCUCCGACCAUGACGUCAUCGUCGGAGUGCUCGACACGGGUGUCUGGCCGGAGAGCCAAAGCUUCAACGACACCGGAAUGUCCCCGGUGCCGCGCCGGUGGCGCGGCGCGUGCGAGACCGGCCGCGGGUUCACUAAGCAAAACUGCAACCGGAAGAUCGUCGGCGCCAGAAUCUUCCACCGGGGGUACGAGUCGGCCACCGGAAAAAUCAACGAGAAGACGGAGUACAAGUCGCCGAGGGACCAGGACGGCCACGGGACCCACACCGCCGCGACCGCCGCCGGGUCUCCCGUGCGCAGCGCCAAUCUCCUCGGCUACGCGUACGGCACGGCCAGGGGCAUGGCGCCGGCGGCGAGGAUCGCGGCGUACAAGGUGUGCUGGGUCGGGGGUUGUUUCAGCUCCGACAUAAUGGCGGCGGUUGACAAGGCCGUAGCGGACGGUGUCGAUGUCCUGUCUAUGUCUCUUGGUGGUGGAGUUUCCUCGUACUACCGGGAUAGCUUGUCUAUUGCGGCGUUUGGGGCGAUGGAGAUGGGAGUUUUUGUCUCCUGUUCCGCCGGGAACGGUGGGCCAGACCCUGUGAGUCUGACGAAUGUGUCGCCGUGGAUCACCACCGUCGGUGCUAGCACUAUGGACAGGGACUUUCCCGCCAUUGUGAAGUUGGGAAAUGGGAGGAGCAUUACUGGUGUUUCGCUUUAUAGAGGAAGAAUGAAGCUUGAUACAAAGAAGAUGUACCCUGUUGUGUAUGCAGGUGGGAAUUCGAGUAGUCCGGAUCCGAGCUCAUUGUGUUUAGAGGGCACUUUGGAUCCGAGGAAAGUUAAGGGGAAGAUUGUGGUUUGUGAGCGUGGGAUUAGUCCUAGAGUGCAGAAGGGAGAGGUGGUGAAGAAUGCCGGAGGAAUUGGGAUGAUCUUGGCGAAUACGGCUUCGAAUGGGGAGGAGCUUGUGGCUGAUUGUCAUCUGAUUCCGGCGGUUGCAGUGGGAGAGAAUGAGGGGAAGAUGAUCAAGCAUUAUGCUUUGAGUAGUCCGAGAGCAAAGGUGACUCUAGCAUUUGUUGGUACUAGAGUUGGGGUGAGACCUUCACCUGUUGUGGCUGCAUUUUCAUCAAGAGGGCCUAAUCUUUUGAGUUUUGAGAUUAUGAAGCCGGAUUUGGUGGCUCCCGGAGUGAACAUUCUUGCUGCUUGGACCGGAGAAUUGGGGCCUUCGAGCAUGGCAACUGAUCGGAGGAGAGUGAAGUUUAAUAUCUUGUCCGGGACUUCAAUGUCAUGUCCUCAUGUGAGUGGGAUUGCUGCUCUGCUCAAGUCUAGGCAUCCUGAAUGGAGUCCAGCGGCGAUCAAAUCCGCGUUGAUGACUACAGCAUAUGUUCAUGACAACACACAUAAACCUCUUGAGGAUGCCUCAAAAGCACAUAUUUCAACCCCUUUUGAUCAUGGAGCUGGACACAUAAACCCAAAGAAGGCUCUUGAUCCGGGAUUGGUUUACGACAUUCAGCCCCAGGACUACCUUGAGUUCCUCUGCACACAAAAGUUGACCCCAACGCAGCUCAAGGUGUUUAGCAAUAGGACUUGCCGUCACACUCUAGCCAAUGCAGGGGACCUCAACUAUCCGGCGAUUUCAGUUGUCUUUGUGGAGAACACUAAUGUAUCUGUCUUGACAGUUCACCGAACUGUCACUAACGUUGGCCCUGCGGUUUCGAGUUACCAUGCCAUAGUUUCACCGUUCAAGGGUGCAUAUGUGAAAGUUGAGCCAAGGAUUCUGAAGUUCACCAAAGCUAAUCAGAAGCUGUCUUACAAAGUGACAUUUACGACAAAGACUAGGCAGCCGGAACCUGAGUUUGGAGGCAUAGUGUGGAAAGAUGGAGUGCACAGAGUUAGAAGUCCAAUUGUUGUGGCGUGGGGGAUGCUGAUAUGAGUCAUGGUCUUGAUUUUUUUUUUUUGACAUGAAUGAAUUUCAAUGAAUGGUUUUAUUGCUUUUGAUGAAUAAACAUGCUCUUUCUGUAAACAGCCUUGCAUAAAUUGUUUAGCUC